GGGCUCCGGGGGUGCCGAUGGUGAGCCAAGAACAGCGCCGGGCCCGACCAGGGAGUCGCUCUGCUGGGCGCAUUUGUGCCUUCGCUCUGUCCGCUUGGUUGCCAUAUCUGGGCCGGUGCAUUCUUUGGCCUGGUGCUGCAUAGACGCUGCAUCGGCACUACCAGGCUCAUCAUGCGGGUCGCCCCAUGGACAGGUGGCGACGAGGGCCUAAAGGGCGCCGAUAAAGCGAUGCUGGACGAGCUAUCUCUGGAGAUUUAUGAGAUGAAGAUACAAGAUUACCAGGACAAGCUUAUGCGCUGCAAGCAAAAGUGCGACCAGCUCAUUCAAGAAAACGACAGCCUAGCCAAAGCGCAAUCCAAGUUCACACAUGACAAGCAAGACAUUGUCGAGUUUCUGAACAUUAAGGUCCAGGAGCACGAAAAACAAAUCACAGUCUUGGAGCAGCGCAUCGUGUCCCUGGACGACGAAAAGAAAGACAUCAAGCUGAAAGCAGCGGCCGAGCUCGACUCGCUCUCGCAAAACUUCAAAGUGGACUACGAGACCCUGAGCAUGACUUGCGCCAAGUACAAGCAAGAGCUCGACCAGCUGUCCGACUUUCGAUCCAAGAAGGCAGACAUGGAGCAGUCGCUUGUCAACCUGCAGAACCAGCUGGAGGCCAAAGACAAAAAGUUCAAGGACGAGAUUCAAAAUAUGGAGCGCAAGAUUCUACAGGACAAGAAUCUGAUGAAGAAAGAGAUGCUGCAGAAAGUGAACGAGGCUGUGGCGAGCUUCCGGAGGGUUGCUGAUCAGCAAAUGGCCGAAACAACAAAACGAGCGAUACGCGAGAACAUGGCCAUCACUUCGCAGCUCAAGAAAAUGUCCACCAAGACAGUCGAGCUGAUCUCCACCAACGAGGAUCUCAACAAGAAGAUGGCCAAGCUCAAGACCACCAACGCGCUGCUGGUUGAGUCGGAGCAGGAGCUUGCCAAGAAAAAUCAAGCCAACCAGCGAGUGAUCAAGAUGCUAGUCGAGAAGCUGAAAGAAAGCGACAAGAUGCUCGAGCUUGCAUAUGAGAGCGCUGCCCUCGAAGACCAGGAAGGCACGGGCUCCUUUGACCAAGGAGCCUAUCAGGGAGAGAACGAAUACCGGGGGAGCGAUGACCAAUACUUUGACCCGGACCACGAAAAGUCGAUUGAAGAGCAGCAAGCUGAGGUCGCCCGUGAUCUGGAGAUCAUCGUCGAGAACCUCCACGACCUUGUCGACGGAAUCACCAAGUUUCUGGAGCGGAGCUUCGAGAUCAACUCAGCCGAGGUCGUCGAGAUGGAUCCCCUGCUCAUGUCGAUCAAGAUGGAGGCCGAGGACUUUUGGAGGAGACUCAACGUCAUCCGAUCGCAGCUCCAGGGGAACGCCAGUGUGGUGCGCCUUGACGAAAUCCCGUCCAACACAUCCGAGCCCCACCACGAAGAUAUCGACAGCCGGGGUAGUCCCGAGCAAGUUCGCCCAUCGUCGCAGCCGGCCUUGAUGGAAACGGCACCGAUGCCCGUCGCCAAGGUACCAGGGGUUCAGCCCGCUGCUGCCGUGACCUCACCAAGCACCAAAGUCAAGUCGAUGCCACAGCGGCGAGCGCCGAGAGACCUGGCGCCGAUCCUGGCCGUGAUCAGCAAGGCCAAGGACGACAGUGAAGAGUUUGUUCUGGGCGGGAUGUCUGCAGAUCGCACCCGACGAUCCGUCUCCACGCAGACCAGGCCGCUGCCAUUUAGCGAGUCCGUAACCUCCAAGUUCCUGCUCACCGAUCUCCGUCCAUGGGGCCCACCUGCUCAGUGCUUGCCAAAGAAGGGAGCUGGCCUCUUCGUAGCCAAACCGCUGCCCAAGCUUGCAAAACCCAUGCAAUAGCACCGCUCUUUGCCUGGGGGGAGACUGAGAGUGGCGCAUCGACUGCCUGGCAUGCGGGCCAGGACGGAGGCAUUCUACAAUACGAUUAUAGCAUGGGUUGCUGUUCUCAGA